AUGUAUUUUUCUUCGCUUACCUUACUAUGGGUUGUCCUUAUUUAUACGAUCCUCAUGCAUUGCGAGGCCAGGAGUGUGAUGGAUACACCUGAUAUUUCCGAAAGCAAUGAUAAGCCGACGGCUGACUACCUGCAAAUCUAUUCAGAUCUAAUGAAAUCCUACAUGAAUCUAAGUGUGGCGCCCUGUGACAACUUUUAUGAGUACGCCUGCGGAAAUUAUGGAAAGGUGAAGCCAGAUCGGUAUUCCUGGCACCGGCGGAGCACCUUCGCCGAUGUGGUCUACACACUGAGUGACAUUGCGGAGCAACUGGUGGGCAGGAUGGAUCUGGCGGAGGCUCUCAAUGUGUCCAGCGAACUGAUGGUGGCCCAGCGAUUCCACAACGCCUGUCUGGGAGCAGAGCUCUAUCCGUCCAAUGCAGCCGAUCCUGCUUAUUUGGAUCUUAUUCGGUCGAUCGGAGGCUUUCCCGCCGUCGAUGGAGCCGCCUGGAGUGCCUCCAACUUCAGUUGGUUUAAUAUGAGUUCCCACCUAACCAACUAUGGAGCAAAUGGACUAAUCCGCGAAGCUCUCUUGGCAGCUUAUCCCUUUGAGCCCUACACCAAACUGCCCGAACUGGGAUUCGAUCAUAUCGUUAACGAGGUCAAUUUCGCUAGUAAUUCUUCCCGAGCUUAUAAACUUAAUGAGGAGCGGAUGCGUGGAUACCUGAAGGCUUUUAAUCUUCCGGAUGAUAAAAUUGAUGAAGUGAUUGCCGGGGUGUUUGCCUUUUGGCGCGAAGCGCUCGAAGUCCCUCAGCAGUGCGAAGUUUUCUAUCCUUUUCCGAUUGAGAUUGAGUUUCCCCAGUGGAGACACUACUAUGAUAUCUCAUGGAACGGACUCCAUGUCUCCAGCAAAAAGUUUUGCGACUUUUACUACAUCGAGCUGGACAAGGUGUGUCAAAGACAUCCUGAGGCAGUGGCCAACUACCUGGCCAUGCAGUUGCUCUACAAGUUGGAUCCUAAACUGAAGGCGCCCAAGUACCAAAGGGAUUAUUGUGCCGUCACGCUAGUGACCUCCAUGUCCUUUCUCUUCAACAAACUCUAUAUGGCGAAUAACUUUAGCGAAGAAAAAAGGCUGGAAGUGUCGGAAAUUAUCCAAGAACUGAGAAAGAGCCUUCGAAGGUCGCUCGAAGAAGCCGAGUGGCUGGAUAAGGAAACUCGCGAGGAAGCUCUGCUCAAGGAGUCGGGAAUUCAGACUCGCAUCGGUUCCUUCAAGGAUAACUCUCGAUCCGAUCGUCUGAUACGGAAAAUCGGCAGCCUGAAAGUCGUCAAUGAAAGCUACGCUUUGACCAACAUUAAUUUGCAGCGCCUCAUUGUCGAAAUCGAACGCUUCAGCAGCCGGCAUUUUGAGGAACUGGCUAACGAUACCAAACCCCAGACGAUGCUGCUGGGAAUGCAAGUUUCGGCGGUCUAUUGGAUGUUGGAUAACUCCAUUAACGUAAUGGCUGGGCUUUUGGAACCGCCCAUCUAUCACCGAUCCUGGCCACUUCCCCUGAAGUUCGGCACCUUGGGCUUCACUGUGGGCCACGAACUGACUCAUGGAUUCGACACAACCAGCUCCUAUUAUGACGGCAGUGGCAACCUUCGCUCCUGGUGGUCGGAGAAAUCUCGACAGGAUUUCGAGGAACGCGCCGAGUGCUAUAUGGAUCACUACGGUGGUUACGUGAUACCGGAGAUUAACCGCCGUCUCAAUGGAAAGACGACAAUGGACGAGAACAUCGCCGAUAAUGGCGGAUUGCGGCGGGCUUUGGCGGCCUACCGCAGCCACAAGAAGCAGCUGCUGGAGGAUCCGGAUCAGGCGAGGAUCAGCGAACAGAUGCCAGGUCUAGAGCUCACCCCUGAUCAGCUUUUCUUCCUUGGCUUCGCCCAGGUAUUCUGCUCCGAAUACGAGGAGGAGCACUACUGGAAGGACCUGACCAAUGAACACACCAUCGACAAGUACCGGAUCCUGGGUGUCGUAUCCAACAGCGAGGACUUUUUCCAGGCCUACAAUUGCUCCGUGGGAAGUGGAAUGCGACCUAAGGCCGAAACUUGCCGGAUUUGGUAAUGAAAUUAAUGCUUAUUAUAAAAUUUGGGAAAAUGUAACCAAUUUGUAUAUUUAAUCAAAACCUAAAUACGUAUAUUAAUAAAACCACUGUGUAACCCUAA